AUGCAUGUAUGUGAAGAAAUGGAGGGUAGUCACCAGAGUCUUCCUCUGAAUACCCUCCAUGUUCAAAACUUGGUACUUAUCAUUAAUAGGUUACACAUGCUACUCCACUCCACCGCUUUAGCCUUCUUGUUCUAUUACAGGGUCUGUUUUCUUCUCCAACCCUCAGAAACAAGAGAAAGCCAUAACUUGUUGCCAUGGCUACUUGUUUUUGCUUCAGAAACCAUUCUAUCCUUCAUUUGGAUCCUUGAACAAGCUUUUCGCUGGCGUCCAGUUACACGUUCUGUCUUCCCAGAAAGAUUGCCGGAGGAUCACGAGCUUCCUCCAUUUGAUGUGUUCAUAUGCACUGCAGAUCCAACUAAGGAGCCAACUUUGGAUGUGAUGAACACUGUUUUGUCAGCCAUGGCCCUGGAUUACCCUCCACACAAACUGCAUGUGUAUCUUUCAGAUGAUGGGGGGUCUCCUUUGACUCUGCAUGGAGUGAGGGAGGCUUGGAAAUUUGCUAGGUGGUGGCUUCCCUUUUGUAGAAGGUACAAAAUAAAGAGCAGGUGCCCCAAGGCUUACUUUUCUUCUGCUUUGGAGGGUGACGAUGGUGAUGGUGAUUUUGCAAGGAGUAGUUUGUUCAUGGCAGAUAAGCAUAAGAUCAAGGUUGACUUUAAGGGAACUUAG